AUGUCUAUGUUGAUUGUCUUUGCGAUUAUUGGAAUCAUCGCCGUUGCUUUUCUCGCGUUUUACUUCAUUCGACCAUUCAUAACCUUUUCUCUAUUACGAUUCUGCCUCUCUAAACGGGCAGACCUGAAAAAAGCAGGCGAUUGGGCUAUUGUAACUGGGGCGACAGACGGCAUUGGCAAAGCGUUCGCUCACGAGUUGGCUCGGGAUGGAAUGAACGUCUUCCUUAUAAGCAGGUCAACUGAGAAACUGGCCAAGGUGGCUGACGAAAUCCAGUCCCUUUUCAAGGUGGAGACCAAGAUUUUCACCGCCGACUUCACUACUGUAAGUUUUUUGCUGUCCAUGCCCUUGCAAUAAAACUACUUGCUCAUGAGCAACAUGUAUUCACUUUAAAACCACCUUAAUAAUAAAGGUGUAGAAGUAAUGGCUUGUGUCGACGAUUGAGCAACAUCAUUUGCAUUUGUAAGUAAUUCACGAGGUCGAUUGUAUAUGCGCUCGUGCAUACUUAUACUUGUCCCGGCUGUGAUCAUGCCUCUCCUAGCCGGUGACGGUGAUGUCGGCAAUUGUAUCUCUUAAUGCGUAUCGAUCAGCGGCAACGAAAGUAAGAUGCUCUCCUACAGCUACGAAGACCGAAUACCGAAGACUAAAUAAAUAUUUCCACGUCUUUAUGGAGUCUGUUGACCCCAUUUUGAGCUCAUCUUUUCGACCCUUACAGGUACGUAACCGUGCCGGAUGGGCUACGUCGAUGCAUUGGACAGACAACUGAAAGUGUGUUAAACCACCUCAGUUACCCUUAUUGGAUUCAAUAUGGUAUCUUUGGAGUGCAGCAGCGAGUCAUAGCUAUCUAAUUUGGGGAAACUCCGUAUAUUUCAUUCGAAAGACGCUUUUCCGACGACACUAAUCAAACACCUCUUUUUUUCGGCAAUCUUGUAUGUGCACAGCCCGACAUUCUCGGGAAAGACCGAAUAGAUGCCCAAUACACGGCGAGGUUUGUGGCGGUGGCUAACACGCUAGGCAUGUGGGGACUUUCCAACUAUUCGGAGACUCUGCUAGUAGCAUUGAUUAUUGAGAUAAUGUCGUGAUAACACUAUUCAUUUGACAGCAACUUCCCCUUUAGUUAUUUGAGACUCUACGUCUCCGAGUUGACUGCCAAUAAUCCCUUGGCGUCCAAUCUCCUGAUCAGGGAUGCAGCUCGAAAACACUGGUUUUUCUGUCUAUAUAGGAUAAACCGAUUGAGUUAGAUAGCUCACCAACCCUCGAUAGCAUAUUCUUUCGGUCAUCAUAAUUUAACGCCGAAAAACGACAUCCUCAGUGUAGUUGAGGUAGAUCUUUAAUGCAAUGUUUACGAGAAUUAUGUCUCGGUAGUUCCGGCACAUUUUCUGGUCCUUCUUUUUGAAGGCGGAUAACCGAGAUCCAGUAAUCGGGGACGAUCUCCUUUCCUCACGCUUGGUCAGUUUUCUUAUUGUGUUGGUGACUUCUCCCUGAUAAAACAGUCACAGGACAUUGUGUGGGAUGUAGAGGGAUGAAACCGCUGCAGAGUAAGCUAACUGGAGUAGGUGUUCUAAGUGUUCAGACCAGCGUUCCACCUUGGUCAAGUUGUCGGCAGUGGAGCCGCCAUUUGCCUUGCGGACACUCAAGGCAGAGGGGCCGCCAAUAAAUUAAAAUAUAACUUUAUGAAAUCUUAGUGUCAUCUAUGUAUUAGAUCUGUUUCGCCGUAGCUGCCACCUUCGCAUAAUAGAUUUUGCUUUUACUUCUAGUCGACUUUGCCAAUAUUUUUCUGUUUUGGUCUUUGCGGGACCUGGCUGGAGCUGUCUGAGAUCACAGUGUCCACAGUGUUGCUGGACGAUCGUGAGGAUCCCCUCAGCUGCCUUGCGGACCGAGGACUCGGAUUGCGAACACUUGUCACUGUUUCCCCCUUCGACUCUGGUUGCAGUGGGAGACUGGCUUUUUGUGUUCAGAGUCUCGGCUGUAUUGGGUUGUCGUAGUUUUGAAGCAUCAAUCAGUCUUGCAAAUGACAAUUGGGAGUGGAUGAGAGGUAUACUUGCAGGCAUGAGCAAGCAAAAGCAUGAACUAGGUUUUCAUUUUGACACCAAGUGUCGAUACGCUAUCAUUCAGUCAGCUACGGGACGUUGAACUAACUAGAACGCAUUCACCCUGAACGAUUAGAAGCAUGUGCUGGUGACUAUUAACCGGAUCCGGCCAGCGAAUGCCAACAUUCUCCGACCGUUGUCAUGCCAAGAGCCAAGCUCAAAGAAAACGGUGAGAUUGCUGUUUAGAGGGUUGCCUAACCCAGUGCGGUCAUCCCAACCACCAGCGUCAAUCCGCAAAUCAUAACGAGAGUUUUUCACUUAGUCGCGGACAAAUAUCUUUAUUGCGCUGAUCGGCAGCUGACGUAAAUGCGUGUACAAAUAUAACAGAGGUGUUCGUAAAGACCCCUUGCUUCGCACGUAAGCAAAUCGGCCAUUGACUGAUUUCCACAGAAACAGUUUAUGGCCUGCUUGAUACCAACAGUAGAUCGUCAUACCGUGUCUACCUGUGAGAUAGGGUGAGAUUGGAGUCGAUCCCGUGAGCCUGAGCCGGGUAUCCGGAUUUCAAACAGGCAGCAGACAUUCCCAUCGAAGUCAUAAAGCCUGUGCGCUCUCAGACUUCGAGCACUAGGGUCAAGGAACGUUUGCAUGUGCUAACACCCACUGCCAAGUGUCUGCUUCUGAUUACGUAGUCCAUCUCUCAUAUCAUCCACCCACACAACUGGGCGGCGUUGCGAAUCACAUCGGUUCCUAUGAAUGCCGCAGCGCGACACUUUCAUAAGGAAUUUUCCAAAAAUGUGAUUUCGCAACAACCGGUCGAUCGGUCUGUUUGAGGUUGUCCUCAUUGCGGCUCUGCUCAAGAGUCAUACAUUAUACUCGGUCAUUACUCAUGGGGCUUUCAGCCCAAAAAUAUAUGGCAGGAACCCGAGUCCCGAAUAGCAGUCUGACUGAACCUGUAAUGCUCCUUAAGUAAUUAGUGCAAACGACCCUUUUUUCGCGUAUCUUCUUCAUAUCGUGUUAUUUUCGUGUCUCAUUAUGCACGUCUUGUUCGGCUACUUCGCUUCUUUUUCCUUUAGACCGACUUUUAUGAGAACUUGAAGCGAGUAAUUGAAGAACUCCCCUCAGUUUCCAUUCUCAUAAACAACGUCGGUGUCGCAUACUCCCACCCAGAUGCCCUGGCCACUUGCGAUGAUCUGACUCUUGAGAAACUUCAGAGUGUGGUUGUCUGCAACGUGACUUCAGUAACCUGUAUGACUUGCAUCACCCUACCAAAGAUGCUAAGCUCACCACCACCAGUCGGCGUUCAUCGCUACAUUGUCAAUAUUGCCUCACAAUUCGGUUAUGUUACCACUCCUUACCUUUCUGUGUACGCCGGAACGAAGGCGUUUGUAAUCCACUUUAGCGCCUCAUUAGCUGGUGAGCUAGCUGACAGCUGUGUUAAGGUACAGACUAUUAUGCCUGGCUAUGUGGCGACUGCCAUGUCGGGCCUCAAACGACCAAGUUUCUUCACACCUCUUCCUUCCACUUUUGCGGCGUCAGCUUUGUCAAUGUUGGGUGUCGCAAGCUUGAAUUGUGGCUAUCUUGCUCACGAGAUAUUCCUAACCUUUUUUCUCGCCCUUCCUGCCAGACUGCGCUCUACUAUAUGUGCACGACAUUUGCUACGUUUUCGAGACAAGUACUAUAAACGUCAAAAAUCGAAGAGUUUAUAA